CCGUCCCUACGGGUGGAGACACAAAUUGGUGGACCAAAAUCCUUAUUUUUGGAGUAGGCUCGUUCUAAGUUGUACACGUGGAAUGGAUACGUAUGAUGAUGAGCCUAACUGCCAAACAACUAGUGUCAUACACCCCACUUUCCCGGGUAAAAAAAUCUCAACUUUGCUUCAAUUCCUCCUCUUUGUUCCCUUCUUUGCAACUAUAGAAGCACAAACUUAGUCAAUGCCAUGCCUGUUACACAUUAAUUUGUACUUUAAAGCUUAGAAACUGUUCCUCAAUAAGUAGUUAUGAGGGUCAUUCAAUAUGGGUCUUGCUCAUUUCCAUCAUUUCAAUUCCAAGAAUCCUCCUUUUCCAGGAAGAGAACUGGAGUGGUCGAAGUGAUCAAGUCUAACUUGUCAGACUCAGAUGCCAAGAGAGCAAACCUUUCUGCCAGGAAGAAGGAAAGAAUUAAGCUUCCCAAAUAUGACGGUAUUGGUGGAGAUAAUAAAUCAUUGCAUAUAAGUGAGUUUCUGAGCCAUAAAUCUGGUGUUGAGGCAAUGUUGAACAAGAGAGCUUUGCAGAGCUUUGAAUCUAUUGAUUCUAACAUGUACAGGUGUACUCUGCCACAAGUUCAACUUCUGAAUUUUGAAGUUGCCCCUGUUUUGAUAUUACAAGUGAACCCAACCAGCAAAGACUACACUGUGGAGAUGUUGUCUUGCAAGUUUGAGGGUUCUGAUCUGGUAGAACAGCAGAAUGACCACUUUGCAGCAUCAAUGGUAAACCGUAUAACGUGGGAAACAGUUGGGUCUCAGCCUUUCCUAGAUGUUGAUGUGAAAUUAAAUGUCUCCCUUGAGAUAUAUACCAUGCCGUUCACCAUGCUGCCUACUUCUGCUGUUGAGGGUCCCGGUAACAUAAUGAUGCAAGCUUUAGUGGACAGGCUAGUACCGUUGCUUUUGCAACAACUGCUUCAGGAUUAUGAUAACUGGGUUCGGCAACAUCAGAAAUCUCUGUCGUGAAUCAAACCCCUCUUAUACCUGAGUAAGUUAACUACAUUUAUGGCUCGGGGAGGACGAUAUAAUGAAACCCCAUCUAGCUACAAUACUCUAUGUGAGCCCAUUUGCUCCUACCUUGGUGGAUAAGUUUACCAGACACCUGUAAUUGUGUGCUGUUGCGAGCUUUCAACUCAACUUCCUUAACUUAAAGACAUUACCCGUGGACUUGUAUAGGUGCGCACAAGCUGGUUCAGACCUCAUCUUAUCUCAAAAGUGUAUGAAUGUAUUGUAUGUAUGUCUGUAUGCAUGGCCGAAGUUUAAGGUGCCUAUUUGAUGAUCCUUUCUUUUGUACAA